AUGUCGACAGUGUACGACGCUAUCCUGUCGGAUGACGAUGAUGAUCUGGAGAUGGACGAAGAGGAAGAAGAGCAGCCGAGCGGACUGGAAAAAGUGAAAGAGGAAGAAUCUGAUGAAGACGAAGUAGUAGACGACGAAGAAAAUGAAGACGAAGAAGAAGAGGAAGAAGGAGAAGAAGGCGACGAGUUCAAGACGGAAGAUUCGAAGCCAAUUCAGGUGAAAAUCGAAGCUCUUGUGAAUAAAUAAUCUAAUGUUUCGCAGAUCUCGGAAGAGAACAUGACAACCAGAAAAUUCAGCGAGCUCGGAGUGUGCUCGUGGAUCUGCCAGCAGCUCAACACAAUGCACAUCAAGACGGCGACACCCGUGCAGGCCGCCUGUAUUCCCAAAAUCCUCGAUGGUUCUGAUAUUCUCGGAUGUGCUCGCACUGGAACUGGAAAGACUCUUGCAUUCGCCGUUCCGAUCCUCCAGAAGCUGUCCGUUGAUCCAUAUGGCAUUUUCGCACUGAUCCUGACACCAACUCGCGAGCUUGCCUUCCAAAUCGCCGAUCAGUUCAUCGCUGUCGGCAAGCCCAUCACUCUCAAGUGUUCUGUGAUUGUCGGUGGACGCAGUCUCAUUCAUCAAGCGCGGGAACUCAGUCAACGACCUCAUAUUGUGGUGGCGACGCCCGGAAGACUGGCUGAUCUCAUCGAAAGUGACCCGGAUGUUAUCGCGAAAGUAUUCAAAAAGGUGCAAUUCUUCGUGCUCGACGAGGCCGAUCGCAUGCUCGAAGGACAGUACAACGACCAGCUGAAGCCGAUCUUCGAGAGCCUUCCACAAAAGCGCCAGACUCUCCUGCUCUCGGCCACCAUCACCAACAAUAUCAAUCAGCUGCACAAAGUGUCCGUCCGCAAACCCUAUUUCUUUGAAGACAAAGGAAAGGACGGAGAGUCGACUGUCGAUCGGCUCGAGCAGAAGUUCGUCGUCUGUCCGGUUGCAGUGAAAGACGCUUACCUAGUGUACGUGGUCAAGAACUACAGCGAAAAGAAUCCGAAGUCGUCGAUUAUUAUUUUUGCUCAAACGUGUCGAGAAUGUCAAGCGCUCGCUUAUAUGUUCGAAGGACUCGGCUUCCGUGUCGGCUCUCUCCAUUCUCAAAUCGCACAGAAGCAACGAUUGGCUGCUCUGUCCGCAUUCCGCUCGAAAACCCUCCAAGUGAUCAUCUGUACGGACCUGGCCUCUCGCGGACUCGACAUUCCACACGUGGAUCUUGUCGUCAAUCACAAUGUUCCACAGUGUCCGAAGACUUAUAUUCACAGAGUCGGAAGAUCUGCGAGAGCCGGAAGAUUUGGAUCCGCGCUCAGUUUCGUGACGCAAUACGACGUGGAACUUCUGCAGGCAGUUGAACAAACUAUCGGCAAGAAAUUGGAAGAACUGAAGGUGAGAAAAAAAUGGGACGGAAAUGGAAUUACUCAUUUUCAGGUAAACGCGAAACACGUGACGAAAUACGUGACACAAGUGCUUGUCGCCAAAAAAGAAGCCGAGUUGAAACUGGAGAAUCAAAAGUUUGGAGAGCGAAAAGAGAUCAACCGACGGAAAGAGCUGCUGAUGAGCGGAAUGAACGAAGAGGAAGUGGAUGUGCAUCUGGAGAGCAUGAAAACGAGACGCAUUGCCACUUCGAAGCGCAAACUCGACAAGAUCAGUGGGCAGUUGGAUAGUCGGACGGUCGGAAAACAGAAGAAACCGAAAACGGAGGAUUGAGUUACAUAGAAUUGUUAUCUUCAGAUCACUAUUGUUUUUGUUACUUGUUAUAAAUUUGUUGACACCUUUAGUCAAACCUUUUUAAAAACAGUGGUAUGGUCGUAUUCCAUCAGCCUUAUUAUCUUUGUUGUCAUUCGCUUUCUGUAAGAUACUUAGUUUCGAAUUACAGUACGUUUGGUUUUCAAUAAGAAGAAUAGAAAUGUGAGUUUCAGGAGCGAUAUAUCUGGAAAAGUACAUUUCCCUCCAUUUUGGAGCAAGUUCUUAAUCGUUCGUUUUUGCAGGAGCUACGGCCAGCAGAGAUACAGUCAGGACAUGGUCGAACCCACAUUCAAUUUCCGUCUUAUUGACGCCGUCCGUCAAAGUCGAUGUCUAUUCGACUCAACCGAUCGCUUGUAUCGCAGUGCCGAAUACAAAAUGCGCGUUUGGCAGCGACUCGUCUCGGUCCUCAGCUUCGAAGGCGACGCGCCGAUGCUCGCGUCGAGAUGGAAGCAGUUACGAGACAAAUACGGAAAGGAGAAGAAGAAACAAAAGUACAACAACGAGAAGUCGUCGUGGCAGUACUUCAACCAUCUCGUCUUCCUCGAUCCGCACAUGGUAGACCGGACGGAUGUGUCGCCGUCGCGGAAAGAGCCGGCAGGAGUGGUAAGUGAAGGACAAGCAGCACCAUCACUCAAGUUCCCCUUUUCAGCACUUGUGCGUCGCCGAACCGAACUUCGCCAAGAAUCUCAUACUGGAAGUGAAACGGCACCCAUGCCUCUACGAUGUUCGCGAUCCGAAGUACCGUCACACGGAAUGCCGAAACCUAUCGUGGAGGAUUAUCAUAGAUAAAUUACGCUUCCCGGGUGGCGUUCUGUCAAUAAAGAAGCAGUGGAAGAAGCUGCGUGAUCGUUAUGUGAGAGAGAAACGACGGAUUGAGACUGCGGUUAGUACUGGGUUGGCCGUGAACCAAACUAAGUAUAUGACAGGUUUCAGGGAGAGAAUGGCACUGCCGAUUCAUCAACUUGGGAACUCUACGACACAAUGAUGUGGACAGAUCAGUUUCUGAAAGAACGUAAGAUUCUGUUCUGCUUAUCUCGUUUUACUCGAAAAUUUCAGAGCAGCUCACUCGGCGUCCAGGACGUCCGAAACGAGGAGAUGGACAGGACGAGUUGUCGGAUUACGGAGAGUUUGACGACGAGUAAGACAUUUCACAGAAUAAAUUAAAAUAGACCGAACUACCUUCAGACUGAGCUAUGUAAUGAUGUCCGAAAAGCGACCGACGAACGGGGAUGUCCUUUUAGACGGGGACUCCGCCUUCUCCGCUUCCAUAGUCUCCGACCUUCGAACGCUGGACACGGAAGCGCGUGCGAUGGCCAAGCAACAAAUACUGAUACUUUUGGAUGCUGCCAAGUUACCACCCACUCCUGGAUCAAACUAUAUUUGAUGUAUUUAUUCAGCCCCUCUUAACUUGCACCUAGUCACCUUGAUCUCCUAUGAACUGCACACUGGUAGAUAUGUACUUUGGCUUCGAUUCUACUCAAAUUUCCGCCUCUUGUCAAUAAUAAAGCAUAAUUUUAAUCAGCACGCUCUACUCAUUUCUUCCGUAGGGUGUUGCAACCCCAUCAUUAUCUUUCUUUUUGUUUUACUUUCCCGAUUAUUCUCGUUCCAUGUUUUCCCACUAAUGAGCCUAUUUUCGAGUGUCAUUAGGUCUGUAUCGCAUUUUUGCUCUUUCCGUCCUCCCCAAUGUUUGUUGGGAAUCCGUCUAGCAAACUGCGUUUCUCCUCUCAACUUGCCGGAAUUUCAAUUCUUUCCUCUAGUUAUUCUUCUCUCUUAUUUCUUUCUCUCACUCAUAGAAUUGACAUGUUUGAAUCGAUUUCUCUGUUGUAAAUGUGAGGAAGUGAACCGCUAUGGCAUACGCGCCAGGUGCUGCGGAAAUGACAGAAAUUUUUGGAAUUCGAGCUGAUCGUAACGUUCCCAUUGAUUGGCUUCUUCUUCAAGAAACGUAAAAUUAUGAAUUUCAGAUAAGGUGCAUUUCUAACGGGUCGCAACAAUGUAGGUGAUUUUAUUCCGGUUCACAAUUCAGACUGCUUCAACUUUCAGGAGCUACGGAGGACGGUACCCCGAUGAAAUGAUAGAACCGACGUUCAACCUCCGUCUCAUCGACGCCGUUCGCAACGUGAGAUGUCUUUUCGAUGCGACCGAUCGACAGUAUCGAAAUACCGAGUACAAAAAUCGGGUGUGGCAGCGACUGGUCUCAGUGCUCGGAUUUGACGGUGACGCGAGAAACCUCUCGUCACGAUGGAAGCAAUUGAGAGACAAGUACGGGAAGGAAAAGAGGAAGCAGAAGUACAACAACGAGAAGUCGGCGUGGCAGUACUUCAAGUAUCUCACUUUUCUUGAUCCGCACAUGAUAGACCGCGCGGACGUGUCGCCGUCUCGGAAAGAACCGGCAGGAGUGGUAGGUGUAGUGCAGCUAGAACUUACUUUGAAAUAUCUACAGAACGAAUGCGUGUCCGACCCGAAGUUUUCUUCAAAUCUCAUCAGAGAAGUGAAACGGCAUCCGUGUCUUUACGAUGUCCGGGAUCCAAAAUACCGCCACAUCGACUACCGAACCCAAGCAUGGAACAUUGUGAUGGACAAGUUGCGGUACCCGGGAACGGCGACAUCUAUAUACAAACAGUGGAAGAAACAUCGGGAUCGCUACGUCCGCGAGAAACGACGCCUUCGAACGAUGGUAAGCACAGCUUGUACUGUCGAUCUAACACUGUCUUGAAGUUGUUUCAGGAGGAAGAUGGCAUUGUCGAUGUUUCUCUUCCCAAGUGGGAUCUGUACGAUGAAAUGACUUGGAUAGACCCAUUCCUGGACGAAAGUACUAACCACCGUUCGAUGUGUUUCUAAAUUUCUUAAUUUCAGAACAACUUGCCCGAACUUCGAUACGGAGCCAGAAGGAGAACGCUGGUGAUGGCAACAAUCAGGACGAUAUAUCGGAUUACGGAGAUUUUGAGGACGAGUAGGACGUUAUCUGGAUGACGUUAAUACUUUGAAAAACUUGCAGCCUAAACUAUCUGAUGAUGCCGGAGCCGGAAAAGCGAACAAACAAUGGAGACAUUCUUCUGGACGGUGACUCCGCAUUCUCCGCCUCCAUUGUCUCUGACCUGCGAACCCUUCAAGCUGAAGCCCGCAGUCUUGCCAAGCAACAAAUUAUGCUACUUCUGGACUCUGUUUAA